AAAGAAGAACAGCCACAACCCUCCUUCCUUUCGGACCAAAAUAGACAGUUAAGGGUGGAGGAGCUGACAUCAACUAGUCAGAAAUGGCUGCUACCGGAGUUCUUCCCUUCAUUAGGGGGGUAGACCUCAGUGGAAACGACUUUAAAGGAGGAUACUUCCCUGAACACGUCAAGUGUAUGAGCAGCCUGCGAUGGCUGAAGCUGAACAGGACGGGACUUUGUUACCUCCCAGAGGAGCUGGCCUCUCUCCAGAAGCUGGAACAUCUUUCAGUGAGUCACAACAGCCUGACCACCUUACAUGGAGAACUUUCCAGCUUACCAAACCUACGGGCCGUGGUGGCCAGAGCCAACAGCCUGAAGAACUCUGGAGUCCCAGAUGACAUUUUUCAGCUUGAGGACCUUUCCGUCCUGGAUCUGAGUUACAACCAGCUGACGGAGAUCCCCAGGGACCUGGAGAACAGCAGGAACAUGCUGGUGUUGAAUCUGAGCCACAACAGCAUCGACUCCAUUCCCAACCAGCUGUUCAUCAACCUCACGGACCUGCUGUACCUGGACCUGAGCGACAACAAGCUGGACAGCCUGCCGCCCCAGAUGAGGCGCCUGGUGCACCUGCAGACGCUCACUCUGAACAACAACCCGCUCAUGCACGCACAGCUGCGUCAGCUGCCGGCCAUGGUGGCGUUACAGACGCUUCACCUGAGGAACACGCAGAGAACGCAGAGCAACAUGCCCACCAGUUUGGAGGGACUGACUAAUUUGGCAGACGUGGACCUGUCCUGUAACGACCUGACCCGGGUCCCAGAGUGCCUGUAUUCCCUGAGCAGCCUGAAGAGACUCAACCUGAGCAGCAACCAGAUCUCUGAGCUGUCGCUGUGCAUCGACCAGUGGACCCAGCUGGAGACGCUGAACCUGAGCCGAAACCAGCUCACCUCGCUGCCCUCUGCGAUCUGCAAGCUGUCCAAGCUGAAGAAGCUGUAUGUGAAUUCGAACAAACUGGACUUCGACGGGCUUCCGCCGGGCGUGAGCAAACUCUGCAGCCUGACGGAGUUCAUGGCUGCCAACAACAACCUGGAGCUCAUCCCAGAGGGCCUCUGCAGGUGCGACAAACUGAAGAAGUUGGUGCUGAAUAAGAACCGGCUGGUGACGCUGCCGGAAACCAUCCACUUCUUAACCGAGUUGGAGGUCUUAGACGUGCGGGAGAACCCCAACCUGGUGAUGCCCCCAAAGCCGGCGGACCGAGCAGCAGAGUGGUACAACAUCGACUUCUCCCUCCAGAACCAGCUGCGUCUGGCCGGAGCUUCUCCUGCCGUUGUAGCCGCUGCAGGAGGAGGCGCCAGCCCCAGAGAUCACCUGGCGAGGAAGAUGAGGCUGAGGAGGAAGAAAGACUCGUCGCAGGACGAUCAGGCAAAGCAGGUCCUGAAAGGCAUGAGCGACGUCGCUCAGGAGAAGAAGAACAUGGAGGAAAACGGAGACUUGAAAUAUGGCGACCUAAAAGUCCGCCGCUGGGACAAGAGCCUGGAGAAACCUCAGCUGGAUUACUCCGAGUUCUUCAUGGAAGACGUGGGGCAGAUUCCCGGAGUGUCUGUGUAUCAGAUCGAGAACUUCGUUCCCCUACAGGUGGACGAAGCUUUCCACGGCAAGUUCUACGAGGCGGACUGCUACAUCGUCCUCAAGACCUUCCUGGACGACAACGGAGCGUUGAACUGGCACAUCUACUACUGGAUCGGUCAGGAGGCAACGCUGGACAAGAAGGCCGGCUCGGCCAUCCACGCCGUCAACCUGAGGAACUUCCUGGGAGCCGAGUGCAGGACCAUCCGAGAGGAGAUGGGAGACGAGAGCGAGGAGUUCAGCGCUGUAUUUAAUAAUGAGAUCUCCUACAUCGAGGGAGGAACAGCCAGUGGGUUUUACACUGUGGAGGACACACACUACACCAUCAGGUUGUAUCGAGUUUACGGCAAAAAGAACAUCAAACUGGAGUCGGUGCCGGCGAAGGGCACCUCCCUCGACCCUCGCUUUGUGUUCCUGUUGGACACGGGGCUGGAGAUCUUCAUCUGGAGAGGAGCCAACGCCACGCUCGGCGGCACCACGAAGGCCAGGCUGUUUGCUGAAAAGAUCAACAAGAACGAGCGGAAAGGGAAGGCGGAGAUCGUGACCCUGAUGCAGAACCAGGAGCCUCCGGGGUUCUGGGAGGCGCUGGGAGGACAACCAGAGGAGAUCAGGAAACACGUUCCAGACGAUUUCUCCUCCAUCAGACCCAAACUGUACAAAGUCGGCCUUGGUCUCGGCUACCUGGAGCUGCCUCAGAUUAACUACAAGCUGUCUGUGGAGCACAAAGAUCACAAAAUCAAGCUGGACACCCUGCCUGAGCUCAGACUGGUUCAGUCCCUGCUGGACACGAAAGGCGUUUACAUCCUGGACUGCUGGUCGGACGUCUUCAUCUGGAUCGGCAGGAAGUCUCCGCGUCUGGUCCGGGCCGCCGCCCUGAAGCUGGGUCAGGAGGUCUGCUCCAUGCUGCACAGACCCAAACACGCCUGCGUGACCCGCAACCUGGAGGGCACGGAGUGCCAGGUGUUUAAAUCCAAGUUUAAGAACUGGGACGAUGUUUUGAAGGUGGACUACACCAGAGCCGCUGAGACUGUGCAGCAAAAGGAUAACCUGCAGGGCAAAGUGAAGAAGGACGCGGAGCAGAAGGACCAGAUGAAGACUGACCUCACGGCGCUGUUCCUCCCCCGGCAGCCCGCCAUGCCGCUCACCGAGGCGGAGCAGCUGAUGGAGGAGUGGAACGAGGAUCUGGACGGCAUGGAGGGCUUCGUCCUGGAGGGGAAGAAGUUCACCCGCCUUCCCGAGGAGGAGUUCGGUCACUUCUACACCCAGGACUGCUACGUCUUCCUGUGCAGAUACUGGGUUCCCGUGGAGUACGAGGACGAGGACGAGAAGAAGGACGGAGAGGCUGGCAAAGGCAGAGGAGGAGGAGGCAAGGGGGAUGAGGAUGAGGAGGACAAACAGCCUGAGGAAGACUUCCAGUGUGUGGUGUACUUCUGGCAGGGCCGGCAGGCGUCCAACAUGGGCUGGCUCACCUUCACCUUCUCCCUGCAGAAGAAGUUUGAGAGUCUGUUCCCCGGGAAACUCAAGGUGGUGCGUAUGACCCAGCAGCAGGAGAACCUCAAAUUCCUGUCGCACUUCAAGAGGAAGUUUAUCAUCCACAAAGGGAAGCGGAAACAGAACACCGACUCAGUCCAGCCGUCCCUCUAUCACAUCCGCACCAACGGCAGCGCGCUCUGCACCAGGACCAUCCAGAUCGGUACAGACUCCAGCAAUCUCAACUCCGAGUUCUGCUUCAUACUCAAGGUGCCAUUUGAAAGCACGGAUAACCAGGGCAUCGUUUACACCUGGGUGGGCCGGGCCGCCGACCCUGACGAGGCCAAGCUGGCCGAGGACAUCAUGAACUCCAUGUUUGACGACACCUACAGCAAACAGGUUAUCAACGAGGGCGAGGAGCCGGAGAACUUCUUCUGGGUCGGGAUCGGAUCUCAGAAAGAGUACGACGAAGACGCAGAAUACAUGAAAUACGCACGGCUCUUCAGGUGCUCAAACGAGAAGGGUUAUUUCUCCGUGUCGGAGAAGUGCUCCGACUUCUGCCAGGACGACCUGGCCGACGACGACAUCAUGCUGCUGGACAACGGCAAGGAGGUUUACAUGUGGGUCGGCACUCAGACCAGCCAGGUGGAGAUAAAACUGAGUCUGAAAGCCUGUCAGGUUUACAUCCAGCACAUGCGCGCUAAAGACUCUGAACAUCCGCGGAAGCUGCGCCUGGUGCGGAAGGGAAACGAGCCUCACUGCUUCACCCGCUGCUUCCAUGCCUGGGGGCCCUUCAAAGCCCCUCCCUCAUAGGCCGAACACACACAUCCACCCAGCCAAUCCGCUGCCACGUAGGGGUUUUGCUUAAACCAGUAAUCUGAGGCUCCUGUUUUUCCCUCCAUCCUGCAGCCAAAACCUACCAGGAUUUUAACCCAACAUCCCCAAAUCUUCCAGAGGAAAACAAAAAAUCCUGGAUGCUUAAAGUCUGAGAAUGAUGGCAAAAAUAAUGCAAUUUUUUUUCUAUGAAUUUUUAUUUACACAAGCUUGAAUAUUACUGUCAAAUAAGAGAAUUAUCUUUUAAAAUGUACAGAGGGAUUUAUGAAAUCUAAGGGAAGGUUUUUCACCUGACAUAUCGUCUCUUAUUGUGCUGCUUUGACUGGUUUCCAGGGGACGAGGUGCCGUUCGCUCAGCUUAUCCAAGCAGUUUUAAGGCACAAAUGUACUUUUUUGUUGAUAUUUUUCAACUUUGAGGGAUUAAUUGAGGAAUGUCAGCCUAAUACUUAUUACAUGUUUUUACGCUUCUUCCCCCCCUUUUCAUUUUAAAGCGCUCUUCUCUUUAGUUUUGUCACUUUUAUCGUAUUAAUUUCCCACUGAUUCUGAAUGCAAAACAGCUCUUUGCUGUGGGUGAUUUUGUUUGUUGCUGUUUAGUUGUGAAAAUCUAGUUUUACAUCUAUUUGGCCAAAGACGUUUUCUAGAGGUCAGACUGCAAGAUUACGUUUUUUUUUUUGUUUGUUUCAAUGUGCAAUCAGUAAAGCCUGGGAUAGGCUGAAACUAAAUGACCUUACUGUAUUCUUCUGUUGGAGGCGUUUUACAGCAACCAGGCUCAGAUCUUCAGAAGACCAGAGUGUUUUCAUCAUAUCACGCGUGUCUCCGUGUACAGAGGGACUUCUGGCUCAGAGGAGUCGAAUCAAGUUCACCAGAUGACUGUAGUUUAUCUUGUGAUCGUGCGACCUGUGUAGAGUGCAGGUAUUGGUCAGGGGAAGGGAUCAGCUGACUGCAAUAUGUCUCAUACUUCUUUAUAUUUUUAUGAGGUGAUUUAUAUGCCUGUUGGCGUGUGAUUCCUGCACAUAUCCGUGUCUCUAAAUGCGCGCGCACGCUCCUGAUGCCACCUGCAGAUGCUUUAUUUAUGUAUUUUAUAUAAAAUAAAAACGUCACAUCAA